AUGGUUAAGAGUGAGUACAAUUAUCUUCAAAUAAAGGAACUGGUCGCUAGGUGGGAUGAUUAUCUGUUGUCGACGCUGGGAAUCUACAAGCCCGGAAAAGUUGCUGUCGUCCUCUCUGGUCGACAAGCCGGUAAAAAGGUUGUUGUCAUCAAACAAUCAGAUGACGGAACCAAGGAACGACCUUACCCCCACGCCGUUGUUGCUGGUAUUGAGCGAUACCCCCUCAAAGUUACCAAGAACAUGGGUAAAAAACGAAUUGCUCGACGAUCAAAGGUCAAGCCUUUCAUCAAAGUUGUCAACUACGCUCAUCUCCUCCCCACCCGAUACCAACUCGAACUCGAGUCUUUGAAAGGAUCAGUCUCCACCGAGACCUUCAAAGAACCUACUCAACGUGAGGAUGCUAAGAAAGCCAUCAAGAAGGCUUUCGAGGAGAGAUACGCCAAGGGAAACAACAGGUGGUUCUUCUCCAAACUCAGAUUCUAA